AUGGCAGACAGCGAGCUUGCGCCCAAGUUUGCUCCGUUCUUCUCCUUCGCAGGCAUUGCCGCUGCAAUGAUCUUCGGUUUCGCUGGGGCGGUUAAGAACCUCCUUAAGGACGUCAGGGAAGUCCUUACACUUAUAAUGGAUAGCAUAUCAUCGCUAGAGAAAUCGUGGUACCGUGAGAGGCCACAGUGGGCUAUGAACCGGUUACAAUGGUUCUUAUCGGUGCAGUGGUUCCCAUGGGGCCUGUUGCAACACUUGAGGGCCCUCUUACGGUACUGCGAUAUCUCUGGCGAUGACAAUGACAUCAUUUAUAAGCCGGCAGGAGCAGCUUAUGGCACAGCGAAGUCUGGCAUUGGAAUUGCAGGUGUGGGAACCUACAGGGCCGAUCUCAUCAUGAAGUCCCUCAUUCCCGUUGUUAUGUCCGGUAUCAUUGCAGUUUACGGUCUCGUUAUCGCCGUCCUUAUCGCUGGAGCAAUGGGACCAGGAAGCAAUGAGAGCUUGUACACAGGCUUCAUGCAUCUUGCCGCUGGAAUGUCAGUUGGUCUUACGGGUGUGGCGGCUGGUUAUACAAUUGGAGUUGUGGGCGAUGCAGGUGUUCGGGCAUACAUGCAGCAGUCUCGGGUCUACGUGGGAAUGAUUCUCAUACUGAUUUUCGGCGAAGUUCUUGGGCUUUAUGGCUUGAUUGUUGGUUUGAUUCUAAACUCGAAGUCUUGA